CAACGUAAACAAACAAAAAAAAAAUGGUCGACGACGAAUAAAGAGAAAGUGGCUGCACUGAUCGAAAGGUAAAAGGAGAAGUGCGGAGCGGUGAUGGAAGUGAUUGUAAAUAAAACACUAAACAGGUUUAGUUCGAUGAUAUUGGAUAUUAAUUUCGAAACGAAAUAGUCAUUCAGUCGAACUCUCCAAUCUCCACAGCAAUUCAUUCGGGUAUGUUUCUGUACUGAAAAAUUCAGCUCGAAUUCCUGCAACAGUGAAGGAAGAUCUCUACGUUCGCAUUUAUUUCGUAAUAAUCAUGCUGUUUAACAUAUUUUUGAAUUGCAACGUCGAAAUUGCCGAAAGAAUCACGGAUAUGGAGUGCAGAAUUGGAAUAAUUAACACGUAUUCUGAGUUAAGCAACAGGUGAAAUGCUAGUUCAGAAUUUCAACGCUGCUGUUAUUAUUUUACACCUCUAUUUUAAAUCGACCAAGAUAAUUAAUUGCUUUCCUACAAUCAAAUCAACUCGCCAAAAUGACGCCAAUUCCACUCAUCGUCGUGAUAAUAUUACUACAAAUCAAGGUCGCUUUUCCUGCCGAUCUGGUAAUCCAAAUACCCGAACCAUCUAACCAGGAAAAUGGCAUCUAUAGAUUAGAUUACGCUCCGCCGAAAGGUUCGCCUCCUCCGAACACGACUAUCUCGGCGAAAGAUAUCAACAACAUAAUUCACUUUUCGCACGCCUUACCCGGCACCAAAUACGAAUUCUGGUUAUAUUUCUCGAAUUCCACCGUAUCCGAGUUACCAACAUGGACCGCAGCCAUCACAACACCUCCGGAUCCUCCUCUAAAUUUGACCGUUAAUAUUCGAGGCGGUAAAACAGCUCAAAUUAGUUGGAGCGGACCACUGGCUGGUGAAUUCUCCGGGUUCAAGAUGAAAGUUCUCAGCUUGACUGAAAAUGUACCAGUGCGAACGAUCAGCUUGACCGAAAGUCCGUACGUUUUGAAGGAUUUAACGCCCGGUGGCUCGUACCAAGUUCAGUUGUUCACCGUGUACGAUAAUAAAGAAAGCGUGGCGUAUAUUUCGCGUAAUUUCACCACUAAACCGAGCACGCCUGGUAAAUUCAUCGUGUGGUUUAGAAACGAAACCACAUUACUGGUGCUAUGGCAGCCUUCGUAUCCCGCUAGCAUAUUUAGUCACUAUAAAGUAUCCAUCGAACCGGCCGAUGCGCCGGAAAGCGUUCUGUACGUGGAACGCGAAGGCGAACCUCCUGGUCCAGCUCAGGCCGCGUUCAAAGGUCUUAUACCCGGUCGAGCUUACAAUAUCUCGGUGCAGACAGUCAGCGAAGAUGAGAUUUCAACACCGACCACGGCUCAAUAUCGCACCAUUCCAUUGCGACCUUUAUCGCUGACCUACGAUAAAAGCUGGCUAACGUCGAGGAGUGUUCGUGUAUCGUGGGAGCCACCCAAAGGCGUCUGCGAAUUCGACAAGUACCAGAUUAGCGUCAAUGUACGAAGACAGUCGGGUAUUUCAACUGCUCCGAUAACUCGUGGCAGAGACGAGCCCACCGUAUGUGACCUAAACGAAGGCUUAGAACCGGGUCGAACGUAUCAAAUCUUGGUGAAAACGUUCUCAGCCAAAGUGGCCAGUUGGCCUGCCACGUUAAACGUUACGAUGAAACCAUUACCGGUUAAAGAUCUGACCACAGCUAGCGUCGGCACAACCGGCGACUUUAAGAUUAAAUGGCGCGUCGAUAAUUCCAGUUACCAAGAAUUAUUCAAAAUCAGCUACGUCGAAGCGGAAUCGUUAAACGGCGAUAGUAACACGACCCUGGUCGAAAGCAAAGAAUACGAUCUAGAUUCACUUCUGCCAGGUCGAAAUUACUCCAUAUCAGUUCAAGCAGUCAGCAAUCAAAUCGAAAGUAACGAGACAGUAGUGUAUCUAGCCACUCGACCAUCUUCGCCUAUCAUCGAAGAACUAAAAUCCACCGAAUUCGGUCUAGAUAUUUCGUGGAAAUCGGACGUCGAUUCCAGACAAGAAAACUACAUCGUGAUAGUAUCACGAAACGAUUCCUCAUCCGAACCAAUGAUCACAAACACAACGCUGCCGAAACUCAUGUUGAAAAACUUGUAUCCCGGAGCUGGCUACCAUAUCAAAGUGAUCGCCGUCAGUCACGGUCUACAAAGCGAACCUCACGACUAUUUUCAAGCAGUUUACCCCAAACCACCCAAAAAUCUCACCGUCGAAAAAGUAAACUCGAACACGGUAGUGGUUCGUUGGCAAGAACCCAUCGAUUCCCAAUUCUCCGAGUACUCGAUUCGUUUCCGAACCGAAGAAGACGAAAAAUGGGUUCGACUACCGGGUGUCAAAGGUGCCACCGAAACGGAAAUCGCCGACAUGACACCGGGUGAAAAAUAUCUCAUACAAGUGAACACGGUCAGCUACGGUGUCGAGUCCGUUCAUCCUUUACAGUUGAAUUACACGGUGCGUCCGAAUCCUGUAGCCAAUAUGGUCGGAUUAAUUGACUCGAGCAAUAUCACGUUGGAAUUCCCUCGACCCGAAGGACGUAUCGAGUAUUACGCCGUGUUUUGGAACGUGAUAUCUGCCGAAACCAACGCCCAGCAUGUCAUUGUUCAAGAACAAUCGAAAAAUGUCACCGAUACUGGCAGAGACGAGAAAAACGUUCGAAUCUCGAUCGAAGAUCUGAUGCCCGGAAUUAAAUAUCAUUUCGAUAUACAAACCAUUUCCUACGGUUUGGAAAGCGAUAUUAGUUCGACGGAUUUGCAAACCAUGCCACUCAUUUUGUCCGAGGUGUUGAUCGUCAACAAUCCACUCAGCACCGAUCUUGUAACCUUGAGAUACACACCAACACCACAAAGUUCCUCUCAUUUCGAUCACUACCGAUUCCAAAUAUCAGACCAGUCAAUAGCAAUCAAAGAAAAACUGGCCAAUGACAGCGAAACCAAAGUAACAUUCGAUAACCUAGUACCUGGAAGACUAUACAAUUUCACCAUUUGGACAAUAGCAGACGGUGUCGCCAGUCAACCACUUCUGAAGCAAGAUCGCCUCUACCCAGAACCAAUAAUCGGUAUCAAUGCCAGCUCUACUUCCGAUCGUUUCAUCGAUUUGACCUGGGAUCGACCUAAAGGCGAAUACGCCGCGUUCGAAGUACAGUAUCUGAACGCUGACGAUAUCUUGGUUCAAAAUUCCACCUCAGAUACUCGUAUCACGUUGACUGGAUUGAAACCAUUUCACAAUUACACAUUCACUGUGAUCGUCAGAUCUGGAACAGAGUCAUCAAUUUUACGCCAUUCGUUACCAGUUAGUGGCAGUUUUGCUACAGAUGAGUCAGUCCCUGGUGCAGUCAAUAAAUUCCAUCCUAUUGAUAUUCAACCUAGCGAUAUCAUGUUCGAAUGGUAUCUACCCAAAUCUGAACAGAAUGGUGUUAUAUUAAAGUUCACCAUUACCUAUGGUUUGGAGGGAUCGAGUCAUGUGCAAAGCAAGGAGUUCAAACCGUGGGAUAUUCAAGGAGCUGUGAAAAAUCUAUCGCCUGGUAAAACCUACCUGUUCCGGAUACAAGGUGAAACGAAGGUUGGUCCAGGUCCAGAAACGGUGUGGAAACAACGUAUGCCUAUUUUGGCACCUCCCAGACCUAGUAGUCAAGUUGUGCCUACCGAAGUACAUCGUGGAACUACUACUAUUCAAGUCAGAUUCCGUAAGAAUUACUUCAGCGAGCAAAACGGUCCGAUUACCAAUUACACAGUUAUCGUGGCCGAAGACGAUAAUAAAAACGCUUCUGGAAUCGAAAUGCCAAGCUGGAGAGAUGUCCAAACGUACAGUAUUUGGCCUCCUUAUCAAGUAAUGGAGCCAUACUAUCCAUUUGAGAAUACCUCAGUCGAAGACUUCACCAUUGGAGAGCAGAACUGUGAAGGUGUCAAAGGUUACUGUAACGGACCGCUGAAAAGUGGCACAACUUAUCGUGUGAAAAUCAGAGCAUUCACAGCUCCUGAUAAGUUCACGGAUACGUUUUAUUCAUUCCCUAUACAGACUGAUCGCGAUAAUACACCUUUACUAGUUGGUGUCAGCAUUCCACUUAUUCUGAUUAUGGUUCUGUGUGCGGUUUUCUUAGCUCUGAAGAAGAAACGUUCGAUGAUUAAGAAAGCUACAGAAAGUCGUAACGAUAGCUUAUCAUUGCCUGAAAGCAUCAUGGAAACGAGUCGUCCAGUUAGAUUGGAGAAUUUUGCCGAGCAUUAUCGUAUCAUGUCAGCAGAUUCGGAUUUCCGUUUCUCCGAAGAGUUUGAAGAACUGAAACAUGUUGGACGAGAUCAACCAAACACCGCUGCAGAUCUACCUUGCAAUAGACCCAAAAACAGAUUCACCAAUAUCCUGCCUUACGAUCAUUCUCGUUUCAAACUACAACCAGUCGACGACGAAGAAGGUUCGGAUUACAUUAACGCCAACUAUGUGCCUGGUUAUAAUUCACCUCGCGAGUUCAUCGUCACCCAAGGCCCACUACAUUGCACCAGAGAUGAUUUCUGGCGCAUGUGCUGGGAAAGUAACAGCAGAGCUAUCGUCAUGCUCACCAGAGUGGUGGAAAAAGGUCGCGAAAAAUGCGACCAUUACUGGCCCUACGAUACGUUACCAGUUUACUACGGCGAUAUAUCAGUUACCUUGCUCAACGAUACCCAUUAUCCUGACUGGGUCAUCUCUGAAUUCAUCAUGUGCCGAGGUGACCAGCAACGUAUGCUUAGACAUUUCCAUUUCACAACGUGGCCCGACUUUGGGGUACCUAAUCCGCCCCAAACACUGAUAAGGUUUGUGAGAGCAUUCAGGGAACGAAUCGGACCCGAUCAGAGGCCAGUUGUGGUGCAUUGCAGCGCCGGAGUUGGCAGAUCUGGUACAUUUAUCGCUCUAGAUAGAAUACUGCAGUCGAUUGUGCAUUCGGAUGUUGUAGAUAUAUUCGGAAUUGUGUACGCAAUGCGAAAAGAACGUGUCUGGAUGGUGCAGACUGAACAGCAGUAUAUUUGUAUUCAUCAGUGUUUGCUGGCUGUACUGCAAGGGCAGGAGAAUCAAGCUGCUAUUAGAGAAAUUCAUCAUAAUCAAGGGUAUGAGGAUGACGAAGGCAUAGCAGAAUCGAAUAUAUGAGUUGAAGGUAUGUUUUGUAUUUAAAUUAUUGUAAAUCAUGAUAUCUACUUGCUUAGUUUAUGUAAACUUGACCUGCCAUAUAAUAUAGUUGUGUAUCACUUCCCUGACCAAUUUUCGUACCCAAUGGAAUGUACCUAUCUUGCUAUAUUUUCUGAAAAUUUUUAUUAUUGUUUUCGUUGUUAUUCGUUAUAUUUUUAUAUUUCUUGUUCGAAUUACGAAAAAAAUGUGAAAGAAAUAAUUCCAGAAUGUGCUGCUGCUGUUCAACUAUUGGCUGUGUGUACGCUCCAUCCGUCCAUUUCUUAAUUAAUUUUUAUUCGAACUGGGCAUUAGUGCCUUAAAUAAUUGGCUAUAUUACUUUGCAUUUUGAUUAAGUAUUAUUAUUUUUAUUAUACGAACCUAUGUGGUCUUAUUUUUUAAUAUUACGAGUUGCUCGUUUGAAUUUUUCGCAUAUUAGGCAUGAAAUACCUCCCUAGAUCUGUAUUUUGACGUACUUAGUGAUAAAUUUUCUCUUCUUAAUUUGACAAGAUUUUUUUUCUGUAGUACCUACUUGUUGAUGUUGGCUGAAUGCAAUUUUUUUUUAUUUUAUUUUUCUAAAUUCCAGUGUAUGUACCAAAGUGAUUGUUUGUUAACUUAGGAGUUUGAUUUUUGUGAUUGUAAACCCAGUUGCCUUAGAGAAUAUAUUUUACAACUACAAGAUAAUAAUAUGAUUUUGAUAUGUGAUAUGUGCAAUUUACGUUUGUAUAAUGUCUUCCCUAUAAUAUUUCGUACAUUUUGCAUGAUUUGAAGGAUAAUUUCAAAUCAAAAAUUGAAAUGCUCAUUUUUUAAUAUGUACCUAUUGUAUUUUCCUGGUGAUUAGGCGACUAUUUGUAUUUUUUUUUUGUAUUUAUUUGUAUAGCUAAGUAAGUGUUGUAAUUUCGUUGUUCAGUUUAAAGUUAUGUGAUAAUGUCAAUUUUAACGUUAACUGUUAUUUUUUUUUUAUAUUAGGUACUUUACUUACUUAUUAUUGCUGAUCUGGAUGGGUAACAAAUUAAAAUAUGUACCUUUUGCUCAUCUUGAUCAUUUAAUUUUUUUUUUAAAGAAAAAAAUAUUGGCGAAAUUAUUUUGAAAAUUCAAUUAGAAUGGAAUCCGUUGUGUACUUAAUUUGUUGACCAUAUUAUAAACGUUUCUUGGUAUCAUUAAGAUAUAGGCUUAUUACUUUUUUUCUUUUUUUUCUUUGUGUGAAUAAAUUUGUAGAAUAAUG